CCUCCUCCUCCAUGUGUGUGUGUGUGUAUAUGUAUGUGUGUGUCUGGAGACGGCGGCGGACACGCGAAUAUCUCCGCGUACGGAGCUCAGAUUUACACGCGGAAUAUCCAUCACUCUCGAGGCUGAUUUCACUCUUCCCUGCGGACAAUGGGGAAAACGAGCCAUUCUUUGAAUACUUGAGGAGUGACGACAACUUUCCUCUGCUCGUCGGACUUCACGGCGGAAGAUAAAGCGUGGAGCAAGAAGAAGAAGAAAGAAAGAGAGAGAGAGAAAGAGAGAGAGAGAGGGGGAAAUAAAAGAAAAACAAACUGGAUUUAACAAUGCACACGGAUCAGCUUCCCGAUCAGCAUGUGCAGUUUUGAGCACCGGGCAGUUUGGAGUCUCUGCAGCGGGGACACUGAGCGAUGUUGUCUGCGGAGAUGCGUUGUUUGCUGAGCUUCAUGUCCAUGGAUGUUGCGGCUCGGUCGGGCUGCACACGGAGCCUGUGGGUGGCUGUGAUUGGACCGGACACAGACUGGGGCUGACUGAUGUUUGACCGAGAGGAAAUGUUUUCUUUUUUUUUUGGGGAGGCAAUCGAUAUGAGUUACUGGCGCACGCGAGGAGGGGUGGUGGUGGGGGGGGGAGAGAUGCCAGUCUUCACGAGCACACGUACCACUGUGAGGACGGAGGAGGAAAACAUGCAGGAAUAAGACGAGGAUUUAUAUUUUUUAUUUUUUGAAAUCUUGGAUUUAAAUUCAAAAAGCAGAACAGAGACACCUUCUUCUCUCCCGCGGGCCUUUAUUUGUUUAAUGUAAUGUGUUUUAUUGCCUUUACAAACUGUUAACAAGUGGAUGUGGACAGUUUGCUCCUGCACUAAAGUUUUUUUUUUUUCUCCUUUCUUGACUAUCAUGCAUGUGACUCUGGUAUCGCAUUAUACCGGAUUAUAAAAUAUAGAUUUUAUGGACUAUCACACCGAUAACUAACAUAUCCCACCUGGACUUUUAUUCUGAAAAUCGCAUGUUGAGUUGUGGGACUUUUUUUUUUUUUUUAAAGGAAAGAAAACAAUCAGCUGCUUAACUUUGAAAUCCAGUAAGAUGUAUUCACAGAUGCCGGGCAACAUGGCAGUUAACUGGGUUGUGUAUUCUGUGUUUUUGCUGCCGCUGUUCGCGGUGGGGACCGCCUUCUCGGGGGUCUUCAACGCCACAGACAGAGACAUUUUCACAGAUGACUUGCUGCAGGUGAAGCUCACACAAGACAGAGCUGCUGAGCAUUGGAAACUCCAGUCUACUGCCUCCCAUCCAAACCUGUAUUUUAACCAGGUGGAUGUGUUGCACUUGAGGCAAAGGUCCUCCACCACCCACAGUCACAUUUUUAAAGUCAUCCGGGCGGCUGUGCUCACCAUGUUGUCUAAUGUCCCUUUUUACAUGCCCCCUGUGAAACAUGAGGAGUUUACAAGCAAGUGGAAUGAGAUUUAUGGGAACAACCUGCCUCCCCUGGCGCUCUACUGCCUGCUGUGCCCUGAGGACUCUGCGGCGCUGCAGUUUCUUAUCAAGUUUAUGGAUAGGAUGGCUGAGUACCCUGACUGGAAGGUGACCAGUGCCCCUAACGACGAGGUCCCCAUGGCGCACUCUCUCACCGGUUUUGCUACUGCUUAUGACUUUAUUUACUCUCAGCUCGACCAGCGCAGACGGGAUGUUUACCUGAAAAAGAUUCGCUCUGAGACAGAAGAGCUGUAUGAGCUCUCCAAGUACAGAGGGUGGGGGAAGCAGUAUCUCCAGAAUCAUCAAACCACGAACAUUUUAGCCAUCCUGACCGGUGCAAUAGUGGUCGGAUCACACGACGACCCGGAGUCAAUGAUCUGGAAGCAGGUGUCGGUGAACUACAUGGAGAAAACUAUGUUCCUCCUAAAUCACGUAGUUGACGGGUCCCUGGACGAGGGGGUAGCCUACGGGAGCUACACAGCCAAGUCCGUCACGCAGUACGUCUUCUUAGCUCAGCGCCACUUCAGCAUCGACAACAUGCAGAACAACUGGCUGCGGGGACACUUCUGGUUCUAUUACGCCACCCUGCUGCCGGGCUUCCAGAGGACGGUCGGCAUCGCGGACUCCAACUACAACUGGUUCUACGGGCCCGAGAGUCAGCUCGUCUUCCUCGACACGUUCGUCAUGAGGAACGGGACGGGCAACUGGCUGGCUCAGCAGAUUAGAAAGCACAGACCCAAGGACGGUCCCAUGGGGCAGUCGUCCGCCCAGCGCUGGGCCACACUUCACACAGAAUACAUCUGGUACAACUCCCACCUCACACCGCAGCCUCCCCACAAUUUUGGCAGAGCGAGGAUGCAUAUUUUCUCAAACUGGGGCGUGGUCACCUACGGAGCGGGGCUGCCCAACGGUCAGGGUAAUACUUUUGUCUCCUUUAAGUCUGGCAGGCUGGGUGGCCGCGCAGUCUAUGAUAUUGUCCAUGACAAGCCUUACUCCUGGGUGGAUGGCUGGAACAGUUUUAACCCCGGUCACGAGCACCCGGACCAAAACUCUUUCACAUUUGCCCCUAAUGGACAAGUGUUUGUAUCUGAAGCACUUUAUGGCCCAAAGUACAGCUACCUGAACAAUGUCCUGGUGUUCAGCCCCUCCCCCACCAGUCAGUGUAACGGUCCGUGGGAGGGUCAGCUGGGGGAGUGCGCGAAGUGGCUGCGCUGGACCGACGAAGGGGUGGGUGACACCAGAGGGGAGGUGAUUGUCGCCUCCUCGCACGGGGACACCAUGUUUGUGAGUGGGGAGGCGGUGUCGGCGUACUCCGCCGCCAUGAGACUAAAGAGCGUGUUCAGGGCCUUGGUUCUGCUCAACUCGCAGACGUUGCUCGUGCUCGACCAUGUGGAGAAGUUGGGCGACUCGCCCGUGAAGUCGCUCAGCGCCUUUUUCCACAACCUCGACAUUGACUUUAAAUACGUCCCUUUCAGAUUCAUGGACAAAUACAACGGCGCGAUGAUGGAUGUGUGGGACGCCCACUAUAAAAUGUUCUGGUUCGACGCCCAGGGUCACAGCCCCGAUACCAGGAUACAGGAGGCGGAGCAGGCGGCGGAGUUUAAGAAGAGGUGGACUCAGUAUGUCAACGUCACUUUCCCAGUGACGGGGACAGUCAGCAGAGUGGCUUAUGUUUUACACGGGCCGUAUGUCAAAGUGUCCAACUGUAGAUUUAUGGAUAAUAGCAAAAACGGAGUGAGGCUUUCUUUAACCAUAAACAACACAGAGAGGAUCGUUUCUAUAGCGACCAACUAUAAAGACAUCGGGGCCAGGUUGAAUUAUUUAGGAUUCGGAGGUCACUGCAAAGUUGAGGACAGAUAUCAAAUCACUCGAUUCGGCCUCGGGACUCAACUCAUCCCCAAACAAAUCAGCAGUGAUAAUCAGCUGUUCGACUUUGGAUUCACAGUCAACGUGAUAGCAGGGGUCGUUCUCUGUGUGGCCAUCGGAUUUCUGACCAUGCAGAGAAAGUUUUAUGUGUGCUUCAGCAGGCUGAUGCGUUACGCCCUCCUCUCUGUGCUCAUUCUGUGGAUAGCCGAGCUGCUGUUUGUGUCUAACAGCUGCGAUCAGCUUCUCUGUGGGGUAAAAUGGAAAGGUGCGGGUGCCAAGAGCGAAGUAAACAAACAAAUCAGAUUGUACGAGCAGCGCCGGCUCCCGCUCCCCACCGUCGUCAUAACAACCCUUCCCGGAUCGGGAUCGGAGAUACUCAAGCAUCUUUUCUACAACAGCUCGGACUUUGUUUACAUCAGGGUUCCCACCGAGCACGUGGACAUCCCCGAGACCGAGUUCGAGUUCGACUCGCUGGUCGACGCCUGCGAGUGGUCAAGGUCAGACGCCGCGCACGGACGCUUUAAGAUUAUUCAGGGCUGGCUGCACUCGCUGGUCCACAACACAAAGCUGCACUUGCAGAAUAUUCAGCUGGCGGAGGGCGGGGGCAGGGUCAAACAGCUGCAGAGGGUCGGCCCCUCCAGGGACAGGAAGAAAAGAUCCAGGAGGAGGGAGCCGGCGUCUGAGCUGAAGGGCAAACUGAGGGCCAGUCUGGACAGAGAUGCAGAGUACAUCAGGGAGAUGAGACGCCACGUUGUGGAGUACCCCGAUGCCAGGGUUGUCCUCAACAUGCGCAGUGGAAGCUGGGCCCUCAAACUGCCUUUCCUUCAGGAGGUGGUGGGACCCUCCUUGAGGACAAUCUACUUGGUGAGAGACCCUCGAGCGUGGAUUUAUCUCAUGGUCUAUAACAGCAAACCCAGCCUUUACUCCCUUAAAAACAUCCCCCAGCACCUUUCCUUGAUAUUCAAGGAGGAUGCCGUCAGGGAUGGGUGCCCGAGCGUGGCGCCAGAGUUUCAAACAAUCCGGAGGCUGCUGUCCCGCUCGGAGGCCAACCCGGUCCUGAUACUGGCUCAUCUGUGGCUGGCUCACACCGCAGCGGUGCUGAGGGUCAGCGAGGGCCUCCCCGAGGAGUCCUACCUCCAAGUGAGGUUUGAGGACGUGGUCAACUUCCCGCAGGAGACGGCGGAGAGCAUACACACAUUCCUCGGGAUGCCCGUCUCACCCGCGGCCCUCAACCAACUCAUUUUCACCACCUCCACGAACCUGUACAAUCUGAUGUACGAAGGAGACAUUUCACCCGCCAAUAUUAACGUGUGGAGACAGAACAUGCCCCGAAAGGACGUCAGACUAAUAGAGGAUGUGUGUGGGAGCGUGAUGAAGAGGCUGGGUUACGCCCGGUCUGCCAGUUAACCUACUGCUGCUGGUCAGCUGAUGUUGAGCUGUCUUGUUUUACUGUAGCUGCACAUCCAGUUGUGUAAAGUUGUUUUUGUUUCGUGUUUUUCUUUCUUUUGCACUGACAUUAAAUUUUAAAAAGACGAUGUUACAAGUUGAGGGGGGAAAAAAGCUGUGUAGCAUUGCUGUCCGUGUUAAAAGUUUUUCUUUGUGUCAGCUGUAUUUGUUUGGGUGUGUGUGUAAGGUGUUGUACCGACUACAGCAACAGAUGUCGGUGAGGGAGGAAUAUUUUACAUUAAAAUAGGUGGAAGGGAGCUUCUGUUAUUAGUCUUCUUCCCACAGCAGCUCUGUUCACUUUAACUUGUAGCGCUCUUUUAUUGAGCGAGACUUUAGACCUUUGCUGUUUUUACAUGCAGGGGGGGAAACGCCACUGAGUUUCAGCACAAGUUUUGUGUUACCGCAGCGUCGUAGAACAGCUCUCAGUGAAGAUUUUAUUUACUGUGUCUCUUAGUGAGAGAUGAAAAAUUAGUUGUUUUUUUUUCUUCCACCCCCCCAUGGCUAAUCUGUGAUGUCAGAAAAGAUGUUUGUGCAAAAUUCAUAUCUGUUAUUACAGGGAUUAUGUUUGGGGAGGGGGUGGUGGUGGGUGGUGGGGUAUUUACUGGUUUGUAACAGAUGAAGCUCAUUAAGAAAUAAGACUCAUAUUUAUUGACAGUCUCGGUUUCUAGUUUGUAGCUUUGGGAGACUAAUUUGGCUGUCAUGAAUUUUAAUAUCUGAACUAUUGAGUGCUGUUUCCCUUUAAAACUGUUAAAGAAAAAGAUAAAAAAUGCUGCAAUGUACAAGAAGACGACAGCGGCGCUUUAUUGUUAUGAUCCAGACGUGUAAAUGAUAUGGAUUGUAGUUUCAUCACACCAGUGGAGGGACUUUAUUUGAAGCUCAGUGAUGUCAUGACAGUUUGAUGGCUUAGCACUUUCACAGAGACUCUUUUGAUUGUAUGUGGGAUUCAGUGCAUUUCUUUCUUUCAAAGCUAACUUUUACUGUAUGUACUUGAUUAGCUCGGAAAUCUUAAACCUCGGAAGACAUUUAAACCUCUGAAGAUGUUAUGUCUAGAAGUAUUUAUGGGUUCCAAAGACACAUAUCCCAAAGGAUCAGGAAUGAAUAUGAUUAUUGUAACUCCCUUUGGCAUUUAUUGAAUUAGAUCAGAGGGAAGUGCUUAAUGGGGAUCAAACUAAAAAAAAAAAAAAGAAAAGCAAAAAAAAAAAAAAAAACUGUCAGCCUUGACACAUUUCUAGUCAAAGCAAUUUCCAAAGCAUCCCCUUCAGCUACUCAUAUUAAUCUGCAAAACGCCACAACUGAGGCUUACCCUGUGUUAUAUUGCUGUGCUGUCUUCACCAUAAACGCCUGGAGGAAAUUCAAACGGCACAAAGUUUCCAUUUCUCAGAUAUCCGAUGAUCUUUUUUGGGGCUUUUGUCUUGAAAGAGUUCAGUGAGCAGUGGAUUAAAGGGGAUGAAUAUUAAGUAUAGCUAAAGAAAAAAAUAAAAACAAACAAAAAAAGAAAAAAUUAAAGGGGGACCAUUUCUACUAUGUGAUGUUGUUGCUCUUCGGCCUGGGCAGAAAUGUACACUCCACUCCUCAGUAACCUUUGAUGCUGUCUUGCUUGAACAUUUCUGUAAUGUAAAUGGAUCACAUAUAACAUGCACAUGGUGCACUCAAUUAUAGACUCUCCAUUGCAUCUGUAUGCAAAAACAAACAAAAAAAUGUAUAUCUUUAUAUAUAUAUAAAUAUAUAUAUAUAUAUAUGAAUAUAAAAUAAAAAAAACAUACUGUGGCCAUUUUGGAAAUAUCCAUCUUCUCUCAGCUAGAAACAGUCCUGUUUGUUUUCUUCUCUAUGAACACUGAAACCCUUGACUGCCUGGAAAACCCGUUUGAUGUUUGUGGUCUUUGAAUGUGUAGACUUGGCAGACAUGCUUUCACUUUGGUGUUGCAAUCCUGUUACCAACUCUGUUUUGUAUUUGCUCGUGGGGAUAUGGUUCCUUGCUUCUGUGGCCUUGAAUUACAAUCAUUUCUUUCUAACGGUUUUUCUGUGGGCUCCGGAGCAGGAGGUGGAGAGGAUGUAAAGAAAAAUAAUAAAUUCAUAAAUAUAUUGGCAA